CAGAUGCCGCUGGCUGCGCGCGGGAUCCGGGCGCGAGCAGAGCGCAGCCGCGAAGGAGGCGCGGGGGAGGCGAGCCGGAGCCGGAGCAGCAGUCAGUGUUGGCGGAGAGCACCCGGGCGCAACCAGAGCCGGAGACGCAGCCGCGAUGGCCGUGGCCGUGGGGAGACCGUCGAAUGAAGAGCUUCGAAACUUGUCUCUGUCUGGCCAUGUUGGAUUUGACAGUCUUCCUGACCAGCUGGUCAACAAGUCCACUUCUCAAGGAUUCUGUUUCAACAUCCUGUGUGUUGGUGAGACGGGCAUCGGCAAAUCCACAUUAAUGGACACUUUAUUCAACACCAAAUUUGAAAGUGACCCAGCUACUCACAAUGAACCAGGAGUCCGGUUAAAAGCCAGAAGUUAUGAGCUUCAGGAAAGCAAUGUCCGGCUGAAAUUAACCAUUGUGGACACUGUGGGAUUUGGAGACCAGAUAAAUAAAGAUGACAGCUAUAAGCCGAUAGUGGAAUAUAUUGAUGCCCAAUUUGAGGCCUACUUGCAAGAGGAACUGAAGAUCAAGCGUUCUCUGUUCAACUACCACGACACCAGGAUCCAUGCAUGCCUCUACUUCAUUGCCCCUACUGGGCAUUCGCUGAAGUCCCUGGACCUGGUCACCAUGAAAAAGCUGGACAGUAAGGUGAACAUCAUUCCAAUAAUUGCAAAAGCUGACACCAUCGCCAAGAACGAGUUGCACAAAUUCAAAAGUAAGAUCAUGAGCGAACUGGUCAGCAAUGGAGUCCAGAUAUACCAGUUCCCCACAGAUGAAGAAACCGUGGCAGAGAUUAAUGCAACAAUGAGUGUACACCUGCCAUUCGCAGUGGUCGGCAGCACCGAAGAGGUCAAGAUCGGCAACAAGAUGGCCAAGGCCCGGCAGUACCCGUGGGGUGUGGUGCAGGUUGAGAAUGAAAACCAUUGUGAUUUUGUGAAACUUCGGGAGAUGCUGAUCCGCGUGAACAUGGAAGAUUUGCGAGAACAGACUCACACUCGCCACUAUGAGUUGUAUCGGCGCUGUAAGCUUGAGGAGAUGGGGUUCAAGGACACUGACCCUGACAGCAAGCCCUUCAGCCUUCAGGAGACAUAUGAAGCAAAAAGGAACGAAUUUCUGGGAGAACUUCAGAAGAAAGAAGAAGAAAUGAGACAAAUGUUUGUUAUGAGAGUGAAGGAGAAAGAAGCUGAACUUAAAGAGGCAGAGAAAGAGCUCCAUGAGAAGUUUGACCUCCUAAAGCGGACACACCAAGAAGAGAAGAAGAAAGUGGAAGACAAGAAGAAGGAGCUGGAGGAGGAGGUGAACAAUUUCCAGAAGAAGAAAGCAGCAGCUCAGUUACUACAGACCCAGGCCCAGCAGUCUGGGGCUCAGCAAACCAAGAAAGACAAAGAUAAGAAAAAUGCAAGCUUCACAUAAAGCCUGGCAAGCCAAGGAUGGUCCCGCAUUCACCUGCUUUUGCAGUAAUAUUGUAUCUCUGCCAUCUGUGUCCUUUUUUUUUUUUUUUUUUUUUUUUACCUUUCCCCAGACACCAAUAACAAGGGAAUAACAGCAAAAGCUCUAUGCAGCUGAACUUUGUUUCUGGGAAGUAAAUGAUUUGCCUUUCAUGCCUGUUCUGAGUGGCAGCAGGAAGCAUGCCUGUUACUUGUAUGUUGCUUUGGACUGAGGGAAGGAGGGUAAAUUGCUACAUGUACGUCUGACAGGAAAACUCACCACCUCAGCAGCUGAACUAUAAACCUGAACAGCCAUGACAACUUAUUUUUCUUAAUUAUUCAUCUCCAUGAUGGCAAAAGUCCUGAACUCACUCUGUUUCUUCUCCUUACCUACCCCAAACCCAAGAUAGUUUUGCACGUAGGCAGACAAGUGGGUAAGCUUCAUAUGACUUUUAAACUUGCAUGGAUUGCUCAUUAUUAUAAUAACAUUAUUUGGUCUGAGUUGUGAGUCUGUUCAGACUGACUCUCUGCUUAUGGCUUUAAAAAUGUGUCUGAACCCCUCUCUCUCAAAUUCUGGCCAAGUUGAACUGUAAUGAAACUAUGAUACCUGUGAGAGGAUCGAGGUUGCACUGAUAAAUGCGAACAGUCAGUUUCAUAAUCAGCAGUCUCGAAAGUUAGGUAAUACAACAUUGCUUAGUAGAGAAUUCUAGGAAGGAUGAUGGGCUUUCCAAACUACUUACUACUUACAAUUAGCAAGCUUUUACCAACACACCAAAGUUCACUCCUGGUGGGCUGAGAGGGAGGACCCAAUGACUGAUGCCAGGAUAUUGGUACUUCCGAUAACACUCUUCAAUAAUCACGAGAAUAAAAUUUUCAGGAAUCCUUCAAAAACUGUGUUGUAAAUUGUGUAUCAUCUGUAGUGCAAAUUUGAGGGGACUUUGUCAAUUUCAGGUAGAAGUGGGAAGGAACGUAACACAAACCCAUGUCAAAGAAAGGAGAAAUUCAACUUCACAUCCAGCUUCCUUGCAGCGUCCUUUCGAUAUUUGGCAAAAAAAAAAAAAAAAAAAAAUAAUAAUAGAACAGCUGGUCUUUCAAAUCCAGUUGUUGGGAAGGAAUUUCGUCACCUUUCUCCGUACAACCAGCUUACCUCCUCUUUAUGUCCAUGGCCCAUCACCCCAAAUUUGUAUGGAAAAGGGCACAUGUCAUCUCUUUUUUCUCCUGUUCCUUUGUAAGGCUUAUCCUUUCAUCUUGAUUUCCCCCCUCUAAUAAAAAGAUCCUCCUCGUUUUCCCUUUACCUCUAUAGUCUCCCAUUUCUUACUUGAAAGAAUAACACUUUUCAUCAACCUGACACUUUAUUUAGUUCUACAGUUUCCUUCUGGACGUAUUUUACUCCUACAUAAAGUAAAUAGGAUAAAGUAAAUAGGAUAGAAUACAUUGUCCCUCCCUUGACACACACCCUUUUUUUUUUUUUUUAAUUAAGUCUUUAGUCGAUUCCAAUAAAAAUAUUUUUUCCUUCUCUCGGUCCUCAAACUUACUCUUAGGACAAAGAAGGAAUGGUCUUCCAUGAACUGAUUUAGGUUUAAUUGGGUAAAGUAAGAAAUCAGUUUCAUAAAAGCCAAAACUAAGCUGGGUCAGAAACUGCAAACUAGGAGCAGCAACAGUGGUAUAGAGACACAUUUGACAGGAACUGGGCCAAGGUUUUUAUUUUUCCUUUCGUCUUUUUAAUGAUCCUAGUGCGAUGCUAGCUGUGGAGCAGCCAAAUAUUAGAUGGCAUGCUGGUUCUAACCGUGGGCUGAGUUUGCUCAUAUGCUUGCACCACACAAAAGCUUGAGUACUUGUGUUGUGUGCUUGUUCCAACCGCUGCUUGUGUGAGCAUUUUUGUGCUUUGUAAUAGAAAAUACACAUCUAAAUUCUAAAAAUGCAUCAAUUUAAAAUCACUUUUAAGGUAUCACUAAAACCUCUUUAAAGUGAGCCUAGCUGUGAAAGGCAUCCAGCUGACUUUGAUUCCAAGAUUACCAAUUCAUCUUUUUCCAUUAAACUUCACAGUAAAAAAAUCAUACGGAGAAUCAGGGAGUAAAAAGUCAAAAGAAAUAGACUACAGAGCUUUCUAUUGUAAUGCGUUGCUUCUGAACUUUUUUCUCCCCCUGCUCCUGGCCCUGUUUAGUUUGUUAUUGCUGUCCUUCUCUUCUUUCUUCUGUCUCUGUGCCUUUUUUCACAGUAGUCCUUGGCUCUGCACGGAAUAAAUGAUACCCUCAAAUCUAAUUGGAUGUGCUUUCGCCUUUGCAUGUAAGUACGGUAGUAAGAAACCUUUGAGAUUUUUCUGACUUUAAAAUUAGAGAAACAUAUGGGAUAGAUGGAUUUUUUUUUUUUUUUUUGAGUGGGGCAGGGAGGUAAUGGUUUGAGUAGCUUUUGGUUUAAAGAGAAAAACUAAAUAUAUUUAAAAUGGCCACAUUUAUACAUUUAUAUCCUUUUCACAAGAAACAUAAAUUCAGUAUUUCCUUGAUACCAAUGUGGAAGUCAGAAAUGACUAGUCCCAGUCUGUGUUAAACACAGUAUUGUUGGGUGUCACUGGAUGUUACAGAGGCUCCUUGGUUCUGACUAUGUAAAUAAAGCUAGAAUGAGAAACUACUACCUGCCACUGAAGAAAAUCAAGAGGAAAAAAUGUUGAUGUUAGGCUGCCACUGUGAAUGCUUCAUUUUUUGUCAUCUUGCUUUAGUGGCCUUGGCCUUGUGCUAACUGCUGGCAGUGAUCCCCUCUUUUUUUAAGGCCAGACAGCUCUAAUUGGCCUCUCCUCACAUCUUUUGUUCAACCAUUGUGGCCAACUUUUUGCUUCUCCUGGACUUAAAAUGUGUGUAACAGUUGUACGUGCAGAAGGAUGUGAUGGAGAAACAUUUAUGAUAAUUUAUUAGAAGUUCAGAGAUUACAUUUUCCAGCUCGAGCUCUUUAUGAAUGGGUCAAGGUUUUGUCCAGAAAGGGCAUCUCAACCAGGGGAACAUUUGACAUAAAGCUGGGCACAGGUUACUUACCUUCCUUCUCUGCUUUGUAAUCUCACCAGCAAUAAAAAUUAACUUAUUCUUCCUAUCUUGUGCACCUCAAACAAAUCGACUUGGUUUCCUCACUUUCUUGACAUAUCCGUAAGUGUCUCACAUACAAACUGUUUAAUCAGGUUUUUCAGCUGUUACCAACCCAUGUCCUACUGUCUCUGUGUGGUCCUACCAAAACUGUCCAUUCAGACCCCUUCGCUUUCCCAUUCGCAAGUGUUUGAAAUUGUCAAGUCUUGGUUCCAUUGACGGAAUACAUAUGUGAUGACUCUUUAGUGGAAAUUAUGACCUACAAAGUCUAGAUUGUAUGUAGGUAUGAAGGGAAUUUUUUAAUAAAUUGAAAAUUAAGCUGUGAACAGCAUUAGAACUUUGUCUAUUUCUUAAUUUUAAAAUAUGCUGAUAUGCCUUAAACUGUAGUUGUAGAUCAUUGUCAUUUUGCUGUUUGAAAAUAACCAAUGUGUUUCUAAAACUGUUGUGUAAUCUACUUUGUGUUAAUGCAAAAUUGUCAUAUAUGUAAACUGCAUGUUAGACUUGUCUUUUUUUAAAAAACUAAAAUAAUUGUAUUGAUGUGAAGCAUAUCAUUUUUUUCAAGUAUGAAAGUGUCACUUAGCAAACAUGCUCACUAAUUUGGUGUCUGUUAAGGUAGGAGAGUGGUGGACAGGUAACCUAUGCAUAAUUCACUAGUGCCAAGACAUAAGUGGGGGAAAAUAUAUUUUUACCCAAACAUUGUGUGCCCUUUUGUGAGUUCUUUUAGUCACUGUUUGAUAUGCAUAUGUACCCAUGCUAAUUAUAUUGGAUAAAAAAAAAA